AUGUGGUGUGUGGUGCUGCUCGUCGGAUGCGGUUUCAUUGCGAGCAGUAACGGGCACGGAAUGGCCCUCGAUCCGAUCGCACGUGGCUCACGGUGGCGCUGCAAUCCGCUGGCAUUGCCAAACUACACGGACAACGAAUUGUUCUGUGGCGGUUACCCGGUCCAGUGGGGAACGCACAAUGGCAAGUGUGGUGUCUGCGGGGACAAUUUCGGUGAUGCCACACCUCGACGGCACGAGCUCGGAGGAUUUUACGGCCAGGGCGAUAUCGUAAAGCAGUACCUACGGGGAAGUACCAUCGAGGCCCGGAUUCGCAUCACAGCAAACCACAGGGGAUACUUUUACUUCGAGCUGUGUAACCUUGACAACGGCGCGGAAGACGAGGCCUGCUUCAGCAAGUAUCCGCUGUAUCAGCUGGACGGAAGCCGUGAGUGGUACCUUCCAUCGACGUCCCCGGGCGAGUACAGGAUUAACUUAAAGCUUCCCGACGCGCUCACCUGCAAGCAUUGCAUAUUCCGCUGGACCUACGUUGCCGGGAACAAUUGGGGCUACUGUCCAGAUGGAAUUGGCAAACUUGGCUGUGGCCCACAGGAAACGUUUAAAACGUGCUCCGAUGUGCGAAUAGUCAAUCAAGCGGAUGCCAUCCCCAACUUUUCCUACUGCACGAAAACGGUGCAGUAA